GGCCCCUCCCCUUCCCCCCCCGUCCGCGGGCGGCUCUCGCGAGAGCGCCGUGAUUUCUCUCCUACGUGCCGUGCCGUGCUGCUCAUGGCGGCGCUGGAGCGGGGGCGCUGAGCUGUUGGGUAUGAAGUGGAACAGAACAGAAUUUACCACCUGAAACUGCUGCUUCAAGUUCAGAUCAGGAAAAGAAUAUAAGUAUACCACAUUGUAACAACUCAAGACCAAAGAAGAGGCAACUUACACUGAAGAAGAUACAAGGCUUGAUCUGAAACAAGAAGUUUGUGCCUACUCAACAGCUUCAAAAGAGCACGUCCCGACGCUGCUAUAGUAGUCUUUGUUUUCUCCAGUGCUGUAGUGAAACUGCCCAGGGCAGCAGCACUUGUAUUCUCUAGAGCUUGAUAGAUCACCUUCUUUUGCUAUCUUUUUCUUUCUCUUUUUGUCUCUCUUCCUUUUGUUCCCUUUUUUAAAAAAAUAGCAGUCUUCAUCCUUAGAAACUUGUGCUGAAACAGAAGAAUCGGCAAAUACUACUGAAAGUGCAAUAUUUGAAUAUCACUGCGAGAUGAGCUUUGAUCCAAACCUGCUCCACAACAAUGGACACAACGGGUACCCCAAUGGUACUUCGGCGGCGCUGCGCGAGACCGGGGUCAUCGAGAAGCUGCUGACCUCGUACGGCUUCAUCCAGUGCUCGGAGCGGCAGGCCCGGCUCUUCUUCCACUGCUCCCAGUACAACGGCAACCUGCAGGAGCUCAAAGUAGGAGACGAUGUUGAGUUUGAAGUGUCUUCUGAUCGCCGAACUGGAAAACCCAUUGCUAUUAAAUUGGUGAAGAUAAAGCCAGAAAUAUUACCUGAAGAACGAAUAAAUGGACAAGUUGUGUGUGCUGUUCCUCACAAUUUAGAGAGUAAAUCUCCAGCUGCCCCGGGUCAAAGUCCAACAGGGAGUGUUUGCUACGAACGUAAUGGGGAAGUAUUUUACCUGACUUACACCCCAGAGGAUGUUGAAGGAAAUGUACAGCUGGAAACAGGAGAUAAAAUAAACUUUAUAAUUGAUACAAAUAAACAUACUGGUGCUGUAAGUGCUCGUAACAUUAUGCUAUUAAAAAAGAAACAAGCCCGCUGUCAAGGAGUAGUCUGUGCCAUGAAAGAAGCCUUUGGAUUUAUUGAGAGAGGUGAUGUCGUGAAGGAGAUAUUCUUUCAUUAUAGUGAAUUUAAAGGUGACCUAGAAACCUUACAGCCUGGUGAUGAUGUGGAGUUUACAAUCAAAGACAGAAAUGGUAAAGAAGUUGCAACAGAUGUUAGACUGCUGCCUCAAGGAACUGUCAUUUUUGAAGAUAUCAGCAUUGAACAUUUUGAAGGAACUGUAACCAAAGUAAUUCCAAAAGUACCCAGCAAAAACCAGAGUGAUCCAUUACCCGGCCGCAUCAAAGUGGACUUUGUGAUUCCUAAGGAGCUUCCCUUUGGGGACAAGGACACAAAAUCCAAGGUGACCUUGCUGGAGAGUGACCACGUUCGGUUCAACAUUUCCACGGACAGGCGCGACAAACUGGAGCGAGCCACCAACAUUGAGGUUCUCCCCAACACUUUCCAGUUUACUAAUGAAACCAGAGAAAUGGGUGUGAUUGCAGCAAUGAGGGAUGGCUUUGGCUUCAUUAAGUGUGUGGACAGGGAUGCUCGGAUGUUCUUCCACUUCAGUGAGAUCAUGGAUGGAAACCAGCUCCAUAUUUCAGAUGAAGUAGAGUUCACCGUCGUUCCUGAUAUGCUGUCUGCCCAGAGGAACCAUGCCAUCAGGAUCAAAAAGCUCCCCAAGGGCACGGUUUCCUUCCACACCCAGUCAGAGCAUCGCUUUGUGGGCACUAUAGACAAAGAAGCCACUCCAGCCAAAGCCACUAGCCCAAAUAAAGGCAAAGAGAAGGAAGCUGAGGAUGGAAUAAUUGUGUAUGAUGACUGUGGAGUAAAACUGACCAUUCCUUACCAGGCCAAGGAUGUGGAAGGAUCUACUAAUCCCCAGAUAGGAGAUAAGGUUGAGUUCUGUGUGUGUGAGGUGAAGAGAACCGGGCUGCAGACGGCUGUUUCUGUCAGGAUGCUGGGACGCAACUACAGCUCCAAGAGGCUCUUGGGAUAUGUGGCAGCUCUGAAAGAUAACUUUGGGUUUAUUGAAACAGCCAAUCAUGAUAAGGAGAUCUUCUUCCACUACAGUGAAUAUUGUGGUGAUAUCGAUAGCCUGGAACUUGGAGACACUGUGGAAUACAGCUUGUCAAAAGGCAAAGGAAACAAAGUUAGUGCAGAGAAAGUAAACAAAACACAUGCAGUGAAUGGUAUCACUGAAGAAGCUGAUCCAACUGUUUACUCUGGUAAAGUAAUUCGUCCCUUGAGGAGCGUAGAUCCCACACAGACAGAGUACCAGGGCAUGAUUGAAGUCAUGGAGGAUGGUGAGAUGAAAGGAGAGGUCUAUCCAUUUGGAAUUGUUGGCAUGGCAAACAAAGGUGACUGUCUGCAGAAGGGGGAGACAGUGAAGUUCCAGCUGUGUGUGCUGGGUCAGAACGGGCAGACGAUGGCUGUGAACAUCACCCCGUUCCGCAGGGCCACCGUGGAGUGCGUCAAGGACCAGUUUGGUUUCAUUAACUAUGAAGUUGGUGACAGCAAAAAGCUCUUCUUCCAUGUCAAAGAAGUCCAGGAUGGUGUGGAGCUCCAGGCUGGGGAUGAAGUGGAGUUCUCAGUAAUCCUGAACCAGCGCACAGGAAAAUGCAGUGCCUGUAACGUGUGGCGUGUCUGCGAAGGCGCCAAGGCCGUGGCUGCUCCGCGUCCCGAUAGACUCGUGAACCGUUUAAAGAGCAUCAACCUGGACGAUGCCAACGCCCCGCGGCUCACGGUGCUCCGCCAGCCCCGGGGCCCCGACAACUCAAAGGGAUUUGGUGCAGAGAGAAAGAUCCGCCAGGCUGGUGUUAUAGACUGAUCCCACCCCCACGGCGGCGUUGGGCCGCGCGGUGGGGCUGCCGAAGGGUACUGAAUAUCUCCCUGUUCACCCCUUCCUCCAAAUUCUCAGAAGCUAUUCCACCAGUUUUAACACCUUCUCAUGUUAUGUUUAAAAUUAAAUUUAUGAAACCAUUUUAAAUUUCUGCACAGUUGCAUUCUGGAGAACUUUAAGGUGGCGCCUUAUAGUAUCACAUUUUAGAAGCUUGUUUUGAAUGGUGCAUUUAACGCAACUGGUAACUGCAAUCUCCAUUGCCUCUGUGAGUAAACAUAGACAGCUCUGCUCGGGCAGACCUUGUGGAAUUCUGCACUACAGUUAUUAUGCUUUAUCCUUGUUUUUGGCCAAGGUUUAUUAUGCCUUAGUGCUCAGUUGCAUUAUCUUCCUUCCCAAGUGGAAGGGAAGACUCACUUCAGCUCACUGCUCAAAUUCUGAGGAA